CAAGCAUAGAAGAGCGAAUUGCCGAGCGCUCCUGCCAAAGCCCUUCCCUCCUCCGCCACCGACCAGCGCCGCCGCCUCAUACGCCCAUCGACGGCCGCCAUAGACCGGCGACUCCGCGGCAACCGCAGUCGCACUCCACGCCGCGGCCACACUCCACCGACCCCAGCCACCGCAGCAUCGGCUGAGCGCUCGCUGCCACCGCUGCCAGUCCCCGAGCCUGUCACCUCGACGCCGCCAUAGACCGGCGACCCCGUGGCAACGGCAGCCGCACUUCACGCCGCGUAGCAGUGCCGCCACAAUCGCCGCGGCCACGCUCCGCCGACCCCGGCCACCGCAGCAUCGGCUGUGCGCUCGCCGCCACCGCUGCCAGUCCCCGAGACUUGGAGAUGGAGUAACCCCUAAAUUUGUGAGGUUGAGGCAAGAGGACCCCCACCGAUGCGGAGAUCAUUGGCAAUAUCCUCCCUGGUUGGACGUUUGACUCAAUAUGGAGUGGUUCGUGUCGAGAAACUUGGUUCCAGUUACAGUACAAUGGUCCAGUCUCAUAAAUAUGGACAUUGCACUGGUGGAGCAAAAGAGUCAUCAUUAAAGGAAGAGGGUGAUGCUCAUGCUGUCUUACAUGGUGGGCAGGAAAUAGAAAGAUCACAGAAGCCCAGGAUUGGAGAAAAUGUUUCAAGAAAGGAUCGGUUCAAUUUUCUAGUGAGCACACUUCUUGAUCUGAAGGACAGCAAACAAUCAGUUUAUGGUGCUCUUGAUGCCUGGGUUGCAUGGGAACAAAAUUUUCCUCUUGCUUCGCUUAGGAGGGCAUUGCUUGUUCUUGAGAAAGAACACCAGUGGCAUAGGAUAGUCCAGGUAAUUAAAUGGAUGCUGAGCAAAGGACAGGGAAACACAAUGGGAACAUAUGGAAUGUUAAUCCGGGCUCUAGACAUGGACCAUAGAGCAGAAGAAGCGCACAGAUUUUGGGUGAAGAAAAUUGGUAGUGAUCUACAUUCUGUACCAUGGAGUUUAUGCACCAGCAUGAUAGCGAUCUACUAUCGAAACAAUAUGCUGGAGCAUCUUAUAAAGCUUUUCAAAGGCCUUGAAGCUUUUGAUCGGAAGCCACCAGAGAAGUCAAUAGUUCAGAAAGUGGCAGAUGUAUACGAGGUUUCAGGCCUAGUCGAGGAGAAAACGAGACUUUUAGAGAAAUAUGAUUAUCUUUUCACAGAAUCACACAAAGGCUCCGCCAAAUCCACUUCAAAGAAGGGGAAGAAAUCAGAAAGCUGGACCUGCCAUCCUUUUCUGGCAUCGCAAUUUAACCCAUGUAUCGUCUCUUAAUAUUGUCCUUCAGGGCAGAGGAAAAAGACAGACCUGCCAUUAUAGUCUUUGAAGAAGACAGGCACAAACAACCAGGAAUAAAGAGAAGAAUGGGAUGCCUUUAGAUGGUUGUGGCAUUUUAAAGCUGAACCUGCCGUCCUUUUCCAGCAUUGCAAUUUUCUUCUGCCGAGCAUUUCUUGGUGUCCUUUCUCAUGUGAUAUCCAAUGGCCAAACCUUUUGAUGCUUGUGGUAUUUGGAAGCCUUCUAACAAGAAGAAAAGGAAGACAUGGCGAUGAAAUGGGUUCGGUCUUUUACACACAAGGAAGGUAAUCGAAAAUGGCAUUGAAAUGAUUUUUCCGUCUAUACCAGAAAUUUGCUUGAUCCGGUUUUAGAUAUGAAGUUGAGAAGUAUCAAAGUCGUCUUGAAGCAAGUAUAUUGGUAGAACGAACGUGUUAUGUGGGUACUGUCAUCGACUUACAUCAUUUCAUAGUAAAAUUAGAACCUUCAUCCCUCCGGAGCGGGCGAAGGUCGGUCGCGACAAUUAUGCUUUUUAUUAUAGCAUAUGAGGCGGUUAUGGGAGUGAAUGUAGUCUGCAAUAUUCUAUUUGCCGUUGUCGUUGGAUGUAAAACAGAAAUUUUCUGGCUCAUUAGCAAGUUGUUGGGUUGGGUACAA